AUGCUCUUCUUACUUCUUUGUUUAUCUUUGUUUAUUUUGCUACUCUUCUACAACUUUCACUGGAAGCGCCGCAAUUUCCCACCAGGCCCAGCGCCUCUUCCAAUCCUUGGAAACCUUCUUCAACUCGCUCGUCAGACCCGCUGGGAGAGCAAAUUCAUCGAAUGGAGGAAUGAAUACGGCCCAGUCUACACUUACUGGCUAGGCGAAAAGCCUUUUAUUGCCAUCAACACCUAUGACACAAUGUUCAAGUACUUUGUAAAGCAAGCCGACGUCUUCUCGGACCGUCAUCAAGUCCCAAGUCUAAUGAAAUUGGUGCGAGGCGGGCCGUACGGAAUUAUUUUGUCCAAUGGUGAGGCGUGGAGUGAACAACGGAGAUUUGCGUUGCGAGUAUUGCGAGACUUUGGAAUGGGGAAAAAUCAGAUGGAGGAGAGAGUAAGCUCUUUUGUGGAUGAUGGAGAUGGCUUUAGAUCAUGGUUGAGCUUCAAUGGCUUUUUGAGAAAGUAAAUCCGGAACUUGGAGCCGAAGAAAUGGACUUCUUCAAGUACUCGGACAUUGCUGUCGGCUCUGUCAUCAAUGCAGUUGUGAGUGGAUACAGAUUCACAGAUGUAAGUUAUUAUUGCUUUCAAAUAAAGUAUUUUCUUAUGCCACUCAUUGUGAAUUAAGAUAUCGCUAAGCUUGAUUAUGUCUUAUAUCUUACAGGGGAAGUACCCCAAGCGCGACGCUCAGAUUUUGAUAAAACUUGACACAUAUUUAGAAUAAUUUUUAAAAAAAUAUAUGCGAGAAUCCUAUAAUAGCUUGCGCUUUGCAGAAACAGCCGAGAUUUUUAGAUCCAAAGUUGGCGAAAAUUUAGGACUUUUUGCUGAACUUCGGCACGAAAAUUAAACAAAAUUUGCAGACCCAUUUCUACCGUAAAGGGUAAUGUUUCCACAAAAAAUCAAUUUUUUUUGCACGAAACUGCCAAAGUUAUGGUCAAAAAUCGUUUUUCUCUCUGACCUCUCUGCAUUAAGAGUACUCUCUCCGCGGCAAAUAUAAUUCAAUAUCUCGGCUUUGCCUUCAAAACGCGAGCUAAAACUUUGAGGAAUUGAUAUUUAGUCUGUGCCCAAAGCGUGUGCGAAAUUUAAAGAAAAUCUGAGCGUCGCACUUGGGGUACUUUCCGUGUAAGAUAGAUAGAGCUGGGGCCAGAAAAAGGAAGUUUUAACGACAUGGCUUGUUAUGACACUAAGCAUAGCUUAAUUCAGGGUCGUGAAGAGGAAUUCCUCAAAAUGAAAGACCUCACGACACGGAUGGUGAACAGUUUCAUGAACCCUCUGACACAACUUGUCUUCCGCAACCUUUUCCUGCUAAAGGUCCCACUAAUCCGAAACAAGGCCGUUGACGCGUUGGGCGUAUUGAAACAGCUCUUCUCCUACAUCGAGCAGCAAGUUCAACGACAUAUCAACGAAAACGAUUACAAUCAAAUCGAAGAGCCCAAUGAUUUCAUCGACGCCUAUUUAAUGGAAUGCCGGCGGCGUGAGGGGGAGAGCGGAGAGACGGGGAACUUCCACCUGGACAAUUUGAAAAAUAUUUGUUUGGACUUGUGGACAGCGGGGCAAGAGACAACUUCAGCGACGACCACCUGGAUCAUCGCUUUGAUGAUUCACUUCCCAGAGAUUCAGGAGAAAAUGCAGAAGGAGCUGGAUACGGUGAUUGGGAGUAAGAGAAUCAUCAAUUCAACUGAUCGGCCGGGAUUGGUUUACAUACAAGCGGUGAUUUUGGUAAGCUAUACAUCUAGAAUUGAUGUAAUCUUUGCUAUUUCACGUUUAGUAAGCGUACACAUCUAAUUUUCCAAAGUAUAUACCCAUUUUAACACCAGCAAGUAAAAAUUUUUAACUUCUAGUACAAUAUUGGGCAGGGCGAGCAGCAGACAUAUUUUUUCUGCAGCCUUGCCAUACAAGGUGUAAAAGCGCAAUUUCUGAGCUUCAAAACCGUAUGUUCAAUAUAUCUCGUAAUGCGUUUCAAAGCUCACAGGAAUUCCCACAAAUCGCCGACCCAAAAAUACACAAGACUUAUGGGACACCCUAAUAAUAUAAUAUUAUUUUGUAUGGUAUAUCAUUUCAGGAAAGUCUUCGCUACAGCAAUCUCCUAGCCCAAAAUAUCCCAAGAGUGGUUAAUGAGGACGUAGAUAUUGAAGGGUACCAUGUGAAGAAAGGGACAAUUGUAAUCCCACAAAUCUCAGUGCUUAUGAGAGACCCUAAGGUAAAGAUUUUCCCUUUCAAAGAAUUAAACAAAAGACAAGGAAAACAUUUUUUCAAGUCAAAUCAAAAAAAGUUGAAAGUCUUUUCUACACAUCUGAUUUUUCAGGCCUUCCCCAACCCCGAUUCCAUGAAUCCCGAGCGAUUUAUAAAUUCAGACGGGACACUGAAACACAUCGACGAAUUCCUUCCAUUCUCCGUGGGCCGCAGAGCCUGUCCUGGCGAAGGAAUGGCCAGAAUGGAGCUGUUCUUACUCAUUGCCAACCUCUUCAACCAGUACAAGUUCUCGUCAGGAAAGAAGGCGCCGGAAUUAGUCAAAGUUUCCGCUGCCUCAACAAUGAUCAAGCCGUACAAAUGCAAGGUUGAGGCGCGUUGA